UCGAGUUAGGUUAAAUUCUGCGGCUUCGAGAGGUUAUGUUUUACACGUCGGAACCGUCGAAGCUCGUAAUCACCUUGCCAAGUCUGUAUUUUUUCGUAACGCUGCCAAAGGUCUAUUUAUAAGAACGCUGAAGAAUGUCAGAUAUCCAUUCUCGAUAGCACAGUAACUCAAGCGACUCGACAAGAAUGUACAAUGAUAAUGUAAGAGCGAGCGUACGGCAUAGGAAGUCAGAGACGAAAUUCAACGAGAGCCAGAUGCUCGAAUCAUGCAGUGAUGAGGGGAUACGAUCGAGUAUCAGAGAUGUAAUUGCAGUGAUGAAGUCCGAAGAGGACACGGAAAGCGAGGACGAAAAGGAUUACAAGCGGCAACUCAUACCGACGAACAGUCAAAUCAGCGAGGAUGUGAUAGUUCGUCGGUUCGAAGACGAGAACGUUUGGUCUAUAUCCGUACAAAUGUUCGUGCCCUUUUUGUUAGCCGGUUUCGGCAUGGUGGCCGCCAGCCUGUUGCUGGACGUUGUACAGCACUGGCCAGUGUAUCAGACGGUCUCCGAGGUCUAUAUACUGGUUCCUGCGUUGCUCGGUUUAAAAGGGAACUUGGAAAUGACGUUAGCCUCCAGAUUCUCGACUCAUGCGAAUCUCGGACACAUGGACACGAAGAAACAACGAUGGACCUUGGUCGUUGGAAAUCUCGCACUGAUACAGUGUCAAGCGACGGUGGUAGGCUUGCUUGCUUCCCUGGCCGCCGUCGUACUCGGUUGGAUACCGGAAGCUCAGUUCGAUAUGAAUCACGCGCUCUUAUUAUGCGCCAGUGCCUUGUCCACCGCGUCCGUGGCAAGCUUUCUCCUGAGCUUGGUAAUGAUCGCGGUGAUAGUAUUGUCCAAAGAGAUCAACAUCGAUCCAGAUAACAUAGCCACGCCGAUCGCGGCUUCCCUGGGCGAUUUAACUACCUUGAUGCUUCUUUCAGGAAUCGCGUCCCUUCUCUUUAGAGCCACAGAAUACGCCCCUUGGAUAGCACCGACGUUGAUAGUGUUCCACGUAACAAUUACCCCGAUCUGGGCCUAUAUCGCGGCCAGAAAUCCGUUUACCAGGGAGAUUUUAGACUACGGCUGGGCGCCUGUGAUAUGCGCGAUGCUAAUUAGCAGCGUGGGCGGUUUGAUACUGGAUUACACGAUAUCCAAUUACAAGGGCAUAGCAGUAUUUCAGCUAGUUAUAAAUGGCGUUGGUGGGAAUCUAGCGGCGGUGCAAGCCAGCAGGAUAUCGACGUCUUUGCACAGAGAUCACCGAUCGAACAACGAGGGAUCACUCCCCGUCGUUCGUUUCGAUCCGUCCUACACCUUUUGUACGAAAGGCGGACACGCGAGAACGGCUAGAGUCUUGCUGAUGAUGGUUAUUCCCGGCCAUUUAAUAUUUGGCUACACGAUUAGCUACCUCCAGGCGGGACACACAUCCCUGACGCCUAUAUUUCUUAGUUUCUAUUUACUCGCCGCCUUGCUACAGGUGACGUUACUAUUGUAUAUCACUCAACUGAUGGUCAUCUGGAUGUGGAGACGAGGAAUGGACCCGGAUAAUUCUGCGAUCCCAUACCUAACAGCCGCGGGUGAUCUGAUUGGAACGGUGCUGCUGGGAAUCGCGUUUCAUAUACUGUACGCGAUUGGAGACAAAGAUUCCGAUGUCGGAGACUGAUCGCGAAAAAGACUGAGUUCAACGAAGUUCGUGUACUUAGUUCCUUACUUCCUCGUAGUAUAGUGUUACUCAUUUACGUUAUUUAUAUGGAAGCAUGCGAGAUCGUAUGCCGGGCAUGUAAAUACGUACAGGAUGGGACCAAAUCGGUUCUGAUCGCUCAAUUUUUAACUACAAACUGCGCUUGUAAAUAUGAACGCGUGCAAGUGCUAAGUACUUAUUUUGUACCAAAUAAUGCAAGCAUUUAAUAAACUUGAUUGACGACA